UAACCCUCUCGCUGCCUCUCGUCCUACCUCCUCUUUGGGCUAAAGUUACCUAGCUAUGCAUGCUAGUUUAGACCUCCAGCACUAAUCUUCCUGCUUAUUAAACACAAUAUAACCUGGUUUAUAGCUAGCUAUGUCAGUGUUUAGUCUCGCUGCUAAACGCACAUGUCGUGGCGUGUCAUUGAAACUCACUAGUCCUUCAUUUAACCUGUUAAUAAACAAUAGAUACUCAGUAAUAAAGGUGGAGAACCUCCACAGAAGAAGAAGAAGCAGCUGCCUGCAGAGUUGCAACACACGUGCAACGCGUCUGUUGAGCUCUCAGCCACACAACUCCAAGGUACCAGAGGCUCCAACAUGGGAACAAGUACCAGAGGACCAACUUCCACCGCCUGCCCAUAUCCCAGCUGACCUGGUGGACAAACUGGAGCGACUGGCCUUGGUUGAUUUCCGCACCAAAGAGGGACUGGCCUGUUUGGAGAAAGCAAUACGAUUUGCAGAUCAGCUUCAUGUUGUAGACACGUCAGGGGUUGAACCAAUGGAUUCAGUUCUGGAGGACAGGUCAUUAAACCUGAGGGACGAUGCGGUGAUGGAGGGAGACUGUGUUGAAGAACUGCUUCAGCUCUCCAAAAACACAGUUGAAGAAUAUUUUGUGGCACCACCAGGAAAUAUUCCUCUACCAAAGAGAGAGGAGAGGGCCACCAUGCUGAAACACUCAGAGUUAUGAUAUUUAUUAAAACAUUGUGUAAAAUAAAAACCUGCUGUUCAUGCAAUUAGAUUUGUUAUUUUUCAGUUUCAUUUGACACCUGUGGUAUGGUAAAGUCUUCUUUUGUUUUCAGUAUCAUUUCAUCAAAAUUGUGAGUGAGCAGUGAGUUGGCAGCCUGAGGCCAUUCAGUGCAAUGACAGUGCAUUGUUUUUAUUUGUGAUUUACAUAAUGAUCUUCAUGUGUCCUGAUUUCAUUCUGUGUUGUUUGACCUUAAUUAAAAACCAGUUCUUACUUGUC